AUGACAUAUUUGGUCAGUAGUGGUGGUCCAAUCAAUAGAUUGUGUAGUGGAAAUGUUUACAAUUACUGUACAUCUACGACCACUCAGAAGGAUAACAAUCACUCCUAUUCUGACACGUUGAAUCUUCCAAAGACUUCAUUCUCUAUGAAAGCAAAUGCAGCAACUCGUGAACAUACAUUACUCAAAGAUGUAUCGGAAUUAUAUAAAUGGCAAGAAAAUAAUAAUACAGGUGAGAAAUGGAUAUUUCAUGAUGGUCCACCUUAUGCAAAUGGAGAUUUACAUUUGGGACACGCUUUGAACAAGACUUUGAAGGAUUUUGUUAAUCGAUAUAAGAUCUUGAGGGGUUACAAGGUGAAUUAUAUUCCGGGUUGGGAUUGUCAUGGUUUGCCUAUUGAGGUGAAAGCGUUCGAGUCGUUCAAGAAGGAUCGUUCACUGUUGAAGCCAAAGGAUGUCAGAAAGGUGGCGACCGACUUUGCAAAGAAGGAGUUGAAGAAGCAGUUGGAUUCAUUCAAGGCAUGGGGAAUCGUUGGUGACUGGGACAAUCAUUAUCGUACGAUGGAACCAGGCUAUGAGGUAUCGCAGUUGGAGACUUUCUACGAGAUGUUCCUAAAGGGAUACAUCUAUCGCGGUGUCAAGCCUGUUCAUUGGUCACCGUCCUCCAAGACAGCGUUGGCCGAUGCCGAGUUGGAGUACAACGAGCAGCACGUCAGCAAAUCGAUAUUUCUAAAGUUUGCAAUGAAAAAGGUUUCUUCUGGUUUGCAACGUUUUGACAAUGGAAAGUUGAAUGCAGUCAUCUGGACGACAACACCUUGGACUAUUCCAGCGAAUCUGGCUAUCUGUGUCAAUGCUGGCUUGGACUAUGUUGUGGUAGAGGGUAGAGACAAUGAGAGAUAUUUGAUUUCGCGCGAACGUCUAGAGAGUCUUCGUGAACAAUUCAAAUUGCCAUUGCCAAUUGUCGAGGGAGCCGAGGCUAUAAAGGGAGCCGAUUUGUUUGGUACGGUAACCGCUCAUCCAAUGUAUGGAAGAGAUUCACCAAUUCUGUUGGGUGAGCACGUUGUCACUGGAAGUGGUACUGGAUUGGUUCACACUGCACCCGGCCAUGGUGUUGAGGAUUUCGCCAUUUGUCAACAACACAAAAUCGAACCUAUCUCGCCUGUCGACGACAACGGUUGUUUCACUGAGCAGGUCGGACGUUUUGCAGGUCUUGAAGUGUUGGGCGCUGGAAAUGAUGCGGUAAUCGAAGAGUUGAAAUCAUUGAAUUCGGUAGUUCACAGCGAGAACUACGUUCACAAGUAUCCAUACGAUUGGAGAACAAAAAAACCAACCAUUAUUCGUACUACAAGACAAUGGUUUGUCGAUUUGAGUGGAGUCCAGAGUUUGGCUGUCAAAUCGAUUGAAAAUAUUAAUAUGGUGCCACCAAGUGGAAGCAAUCGUUUGUCAUCGAUGGUUGGAAAACGAAAUGAUUGGUGUAUUUCAAGACAACGUUACUGGGGUGUACCAAUACCUGUAUUCUAUGAAAAGUCGAGCGGAGAUCACUUUGUCAAUCAAGAAACAAUGAGUCAUGUGUUGGAGUUGUUUAAGAAACAUGGAUCGGAUUGCUGGUUUUCAAUGGAGACUGCUGAACUGCUGCCAUCGAGCAUGGCCGACAAAGCACAUCUCUAUGAGAAAGGUAUGGAUACGAUGGAUGUUUGGUUCGAUUCUGGAACCUCGUGGAGAGGUGUACUGGUAGCUCGUGGAGUCAUGUCGAUGGACGAGAGUGCCGAUAUCUACUUGGAGGGAAGUGAUCAACAUCGUGGUUGGUUCCAAUCUUCAUUGUUGACAUCGAUUUGUGCCAGAGGCAUUGCUCCCUACAAGAAUGUGGUGACACAUGGAUUCUUACUCGAUGAAAAAGGCAACAAACAAUCGAAAUCACUUGGAAAUACAAUUGCUCCAUCACUUAUCAUUCACGGUGGUAACAACAAGACUGAGAAUCCAGCUUAUGGAGUCGACAUGUUGAGAAUGUGGAUUGCAACCUCUGACUAUACCAAAGACAUCUCUGUAGGACCGACCAUCUUGACCAAAGUAUUGGAUAAUGUAAAAAAGAUAAGAAAUACUGUUAGAUACAUGUUGGGUGCAAACUUUGAUUUCCAACCAGAGAAACAUUCAGUUCCAUAUCAUCAACUUUCAGAGAUUGAUAAAUAUGCAUUACAUAAAGUAUAUGUUUUAAGUGAGAAUGCAACUAAAUAUUAUGAUCAAUUCCAUUUCCAAAAGGUUACUCAAGAGGUUAUCAAUUUUUGUCACGAGAUCUCUGCUUUCUAUUUCGAUAUUAUCAAGCAGAGAUUAUAUGUGGAGGCACCUGACAAUAACUUGAGAAGAAGUUCACAAACUGUGUUGUUUGAGAUGUUGGAUGUUGUCAAUAAGAUAAUCGCACCGAUUGCCAUUCAUACUUGUGAGGACAUCUACAAGCACCAAUACAAAUACAGAGAGCCAACCGAAUCGGUGUUCACUCAAGGCUGGACACGUGUCAAACCCGAAUGGAACAAUGCUCAACUGCUCGAUCAAUGGGGUUGUAUCAUUACAGUGCGUGAUCUAUUCAAUAGACUACUCCAAGAGGUCAGAGACAAAGGAAUCAUCGGUCGUCCAGACGAAACAAUGAUUACACUUAAAGUUAGCAGUCCUUUCUAUGAUCAUUUAAAGUCGAAUCAAAGUCAGCUUGAAGAUAUCUUUUGUGUAUCAAAGGUUGAGCUUGUACAUGAUCAAUCCGUCGAUAUAAAAGAGCCAGAACAGCCAAGUACUUCACGUAUUUCCGUUUUAGGUGAUGGAGGUGACUUUAAUUGUGAACAAUCGAGUGUUAUCAGCUUCAAUGGUCAAUUGGGUCUGGUUGAUAUCACCAUUAGAAAGAGUGACAAACACAAAUGUCCACGUUGUUGGAGACAUCAAAGUGAACAAGAAAGUCAUGUUUGUCCAUCAUGUGUAUCAAGAUUAUCUUUAAUUAAAAAAUAA